CCAGUCUCUCACUUUCCAUCUAGAGAGAGAGAGAGAGAGAGAGAGAGGAGAACGACUGCACGAUCUAGCCUUCAACAAGAAGGAGAAGAGGAGGAGAAGAAGGAGAGGGAAGAGAAAGAUCAACCCGCUGCCUGCGACUGCUGUUACCACUUACAAGGCGAAAAUUGGAAACUCAAAAUGGGAAGCAAAGGUCGAGUUCCACCUCCUCACCUAAGGCAUCCUGAUCCAUUCGGUUCUGGAAUACAUUCGCAGGCUUGUGCUUUCCCUCCUUUUGAUAUGUUGCCGCCUAUAGAAGUUAUGGAACAGAAGCUUGCUGCACAACAUGUGGAGAUGCAGAAGCUUGCAAAAGAAAACCAGAGGCUUGCUGCUACACAUGGAACCUUAAGAAAGGAACUCGCUGGUGCACAGCAUGAGCUGCACAUGGUGCAUGCUCACAUAGGUUCCGUGAAGUCUGAGAGGGAACAUCAGAUGAGAGGUCUUCUGGAUAAAAUUGGAAACUUGGAAGCUGCACUGCAAGCCACGGAGCCUAUUAAAAUGGAGUUGCAACAGGCACGAGCAGCUGUGCAGAGCUUGAUUGCAGCAAGGAAGGAACGAACUUCCGAAAUGCAGCAAGUAACGCAGGAUCUUCAGAGGGCUCACUCAGCUGUGCAGCAGAUCCCUGGUUUUAUGUCUGAACUUGAGAGCCUCAGACAGGAGUAUCAUCAUUGCAGGGUUACCUACGCCUAUGAGAAGAAACUGUACGACGACCAUCUUGAAUCUCUUCAAGUGAUGGAGAAGAACUAUGUAACCAUGGCCAGAGAGGUGGAACAGCUUAGGGUAGAUCUGGCUAAUAGUACUAACCUUGAUAGAACUGGUGGGCCUUGUGGUGACACAUAUGACAAUGAUGAUGCUACUGGGCAUUACCCUGUUGGACAAAAUGCCUAUGACAAUAGCUAUGGUCUUUCCCAGGGACGAGAUCCCCUUCCUGGAGGGGGCAGUGGGGCUGGAGCUGGUGGUGGUCCUCAUGUUAGAGCUCGAUCUGGGGUCUCUCCUGCAAUGGCUGGUUAUGAUGCACAGAGAGUGCCCAGUGUACCUGGCUAUGAUGUGUCAAGGGCGCCUGGGAACAAUGCGCAGAGAGGUCCCAGAUACAAUGCUCAGAUGGGACCUAGCCACGACAUGCAGAGGGGAUCCAGUUAUGAUCCUCAGAAAUUGCCUGGUUAUGAUGGACAGAGAAGACCUGUUUACGAUGCACAGAGAGGAUCUGGAUACGAGGCACAAAGAGGACCAGCAUAUGAUGUUCUGAGAGGACCCAGUUAUGAUAAGUUGAAGGGUGCUGGGGCUGCUGGCUUUGAUGCUUCAUCCAGAGGCACUGUUGGACUUCAAGGGCAGGCAGCACCUGUGAACAACGUGCGUUACGGGUCUGCAGCACGAUCUACUCCUACCGGAAGUGGUUAUGAGGCUCCUCCACUCCACCACGAGGUGGAAAAACCUGUCCCUAGAUGAACUGGAUACAUUUUAUCGGUUUCAGAUUUGCAAAUGCUUCCAUGGUGAAAGUGUUCUGCCAGAUAUUGAGGUACGAGCAAGGGGGUUAGAUAAGUUCUACAUUUGCGAAUAUGUGGAUGAAAGUAAUUCAUUUGUUGGGAGGAGCCUGAUAAGCUGUAAUUGGAAGAGCUUUAAGCUUUUGUAUUGAUUGUUACAAUUGCUGAGGAUGUAUACCGGCUUAUUUAUGCCUUUCUAUAUAUAUUUUUUAUGUAGUAGAGGCUUGGGAGAUAUCAAUUUUUAGGGUUCGAUUUCAUGGUUGAUUUUACAUAUGUU